GAUGGUAUUGCCAAACUUAUCUUCCUCUCCUUCUCUCAGAAAAUCUUAUAUUAGCAAACAAAACAGGGAAAAUUAACUAAUUUCUUUCUCUUUAACCAACUCAAUGGAACUUUCCCUCUUCCCUUGUCAUCAACAGAACCCUAAUCUCAUUCACAAGCCUCUCCUCUCCAUUGCAAGUGCAAGGAGGAAAUUAUCCAGGAGUUCAAGUGUGAUUACAUGUCGCUGCUCAUUGUCUUCCUCUGAUGAUAUUACGAAACCCGCCUCACUAUCAUGGCACAACGAAGGAAGAAGGGCAUUGAUUGCUACUCUCCUUACUGCCACAGUUGGAAUUCAUACCUGCAAUGUGUCUGAGGCUGCUAGCACAAGCAGAAGAGCACUUAGAGCUUCAAAAAUACCAGAGAGUGAAUUUACAACCCUUCCCAAUGGUCUGAAGUACUAUGACUUGAAGGUCGGGGGUGGAGUUAAGGCCGUGAAGGGAUCCCGGGUUGCAGUUCACUAUGUAGCCAAAUGGAAGGGAAUAACAUUCAUGACUAGUAGACAAGGACUUGGUGUUGGAGGUGGAACGCCUUAUGGAUUUGAUGUGGGCCAGUCAGAGAGGGGAGCAGUCCUUAAAGGAUUGGACCUUGGUGUUGAAGGUAUGCGUGUAGGUGGGCAGCGUCUAUUAAUAGUUCCUCCUGAGCUAGCAUAUGGAAAUAAAGGAGUUCAGGAAAUUCCUCCAAAUGCAACAAUAGAGUUGGAUGUUGAAUUGCUGGCCAUUAAACAAAGUCCAUUUGGGUCCCCUGUAAAAGUUAUUGAAGGUUGAUGCAACUGUUGCUGGUCAUGUUUGUUUUGUUAACUUGGAUGAACCAGGUAGGCACAACAGCUUACAGGAAAAGUGAAUUGCUAUCCUUCUCUGAACUUCGUUGUGGACUGGAUUGCUUACGUUCUUGGAAUUUGAAGGAAACCCUGGCCACAUAAAAUGAUAGCAUGAUACUUGUAUUAUUGUAAGUACCUUCAAAAUCACUAGUUUUGAUCUUAUCCUCACCGUGUACUCUGUUCAUAGUUAUCUCCCAUUUCUUGGCAUUCAGCUUAUUCUACUUCUCUAUUGAGUGUAAAAGUUGUUAGCAUGUUAAUUAUCACAGAACAUAUUUCAUUAUAUCCAGGCUCACAGAUUCUUAGUUCA